AUGGAGCUGUUUCAAGCCAAAGACCAUUACAUUCUCCAGAGUGGGGAUCAUGCUCUUUGGUGUAGCCGAAUAGAUGGGACCAUGAAUGUCAGACCUGGUAAGCAAAAUACGUUUGUCAAUUAUUAUUUUUUAUAGCUACAUCAUCUAGCUAUCUCGGACAGCAAAGCCAUAGCUAAAUUACAAUGUCAAGCCCAUGGCAUGAGCAUUUCAUAUUGUCUUUAUUAUCCAAGUUAGCACUGCUAUACACGUUUACAAUGACAGCUAUGUAGGAAACUAUGUAACGUUGAGAAUCUGUGGGUCAGACAGCGCACCUUACUCAAAUUCGAGUGCGUUUCAUUCCAUUUUGGCAUUGUAAUGAUAUAAUUUAUUCCCAACUAUUUAGCUGUCGAGACAAUUAUCCUAACUGCCAAGCCAUUACAUCUUUAUUAUUGCCCUACUUUCAUGUGGAGUGCUGCCCCGUUGACCUGAUAUUUGGAAUAAACAGACACGGUGAUGCUGAUGUUGUGCAGAACUAGGACGCUCGAGGACAACAGUAAAAAUGAUUUAGCAGCAGGGGUUCCAUUUAAAUCAAAUCUAACCAUGAUUCGGGAGAGCAGAUGAUGAUGUCAUUGUUCCAUAUGUUUUGUUUUUUAAAUGUCUUUAAAUAGUGAAGUAUUGAACAAAACAGCUGUUAGGGUUCAUAAUUCUUCCCUCCAUCCAUUCUUCGUCUUUCAUAAGAUUUAUUUAAUAGAUUCCUGUGGCUACAUGGGUAACCAUUCAUUUCCUGAAAUACCACUCAAGCAUCUGGUCCAGUGGUUCCUUAUUUCCUUACACUGGAUUCCACAUAUUCAGACUAGUUAGCUGCUCACUGCUACACACUAAACUACCUUGCUGGACUGCUUCUUGGGAGACGAGCAUAGUUAGGCCAGAUCGCUAGCUCUUGUGCUCCUGUCAAAACACCUCCCCUUCUGUGAUGAGCAAUGCCGGGAAAAUUCAGAGCAAAGCCAGCAGCUGAGCCUGUGAAGCUUGCCUUUCUGUAGUAACAAAAAGGCAGUUGGGAGAAGGAGCAGCCAUUGUGUGUGGAUGUGAAUGAGUACCCUGUGGGCUGGCUGAGGUCACAUGUGUGUGCAGCCAGCCUGAACAGGUUUGGGUUGCACCACUCUUCCAUUAUUUAAUCGGAAAAGGAUUUCUACUCCUCAUUGGGCCUGUUGACACUAGCACUGACAGGAAUUUCCACAAUAUUUCACACUUCUGAACAACUAUGGUGGAGUUUCACCCUAAUGUAAGCGUGUCUGUAUCAUGGACAAACAGAGAGAGGUGUGUAGGGGCAGCCCUUCUUUUCCACCGCCCUGCCCGGACUCCAAUGCUGAGGCCGGUACAUAAAAGUUCUCUGGCUCCAUGGAACAGGAAGAGUUAUUGUCUGAGCUGCCUAGAUGUUCUCCAGUCUCCACCCUCUUUGUCACCCAUUCAUGACUCAACUCUUCAAGGGUGUGUCAAGCAGUUGAAGUCUAGUUCUCUGUUAUAACAAAGUUUUAGUCAGCAGCUUCAGUCAGUUUUCUGUAGGCUAGCUGUGAUGGAGUCAUUUGGCAGUGAUGUAGUCAUGCCUCAGUGCGUCAUGUUACUACACCGUUUUUUUUAAAGAAUGGAAACUCGGACACUAGCUAGGUUUCCAUCCAGGGCCUGUGAUCCUUUAUGACCUGCUUCGGAGGCAAAGAAAUUGUCAUGUAUUCUGCCCAUGUAUUCUCUACAUCAUUUGUACUAUUCUACACAAUUGAUAACACUUGUCUUUUUUAACUGUGAGAAGAAUCUCUUGAUGCAUUAAAUACUUCUGAACUUGGCUGCAUACUGGUGAUGCUCCAUGAUUCCUAACAGUACAAACAGAAACGCUCAGUCCAAGCCUAGCAUGGAAGGUGCAGGAAAUGGUCCACAGCCGUGUGGAAUGUAAAUAUUAUUAGGCUGCAAUCCAUCAACUAGGUGGUCCGUUUGGAAAAUAGGCUUAUAUGCAUGUACUGUUUAUCAUCAAAUAGCUUCAUUGCUCUUAGUGUGUAGAGCUAUUUCUCUUAGAAAAUGUUUUUACUUUGUGUCCACUCCACAAGUCUUUCUUUUCUCUGAUUGUCUCUUCUCUUUUAUUAUUUCAGCAACAGACCUGCUGUUAGCUUGGAACCCAAUGUGUUUGGGCCUGGUUGAGGGUCUCAUCGGGAAAAUACAACUUCAUACAGGUAAGAAUAUGGUGUAGGCCUUGUGCUACAAGUACUGGGCUAUUAACCAACAUUUGACACAACUGGAUAAUUUGAGAUAUGACUUGACAUGUAUGUAUGCUUUUAAAUGUUGCGCAGUGUGGACCCUUGCACAAGACGGCUACUACUGUACCUUUAUUCUCUGAAACCGUGCCUUUCUUCUGUUCUUUAUUCGCUUGAGCUUUUUAUAGCUUUCAAACCUCAUCAGUGGUCCUCAAAUAUACAACACAGAUCACCCCCUAACAAGCCCAAGAAUGUAGCCCUAGGCUAGGCCUGGGGCUUGGCUACAGGCUAGUAUGAGUAAUGUUUGUGCGGUAGAUGCUUUUGGGGCGACUCAUCAUGAAAACACAGAGGAUUACUGGAUCAUUGUGUUGCCUUAAUGAGGUUUUUAGAUUAAUUGUAGCAAGUGCCUCAGCCCUCAUAAAUGCCAAGUCUUUUUUUUCACAUUGGAGAAAAACAGCCUUAUCUACAGUUGAAGUCGGAAGUUUACAUACACUUAGGUUGGAGUCAUUAAAACUCGUUUUUCAACCACUCCACAAAUUUCUUGUUAACAAACGAUAGUUUUGGCAAGUCGGUUAGGACAUCUACUUGGUGCAUGACACAAGGAAUUUUUCCAACAAUUGUUUACAGACAGAUUAUUUCACUUAUAAUUCACUGUAUCACAAUUCCAGUGGGUCAGAAGUUUACAUACCCUAAAUUGACUGUGCCUUUAAACAGCUUGGAAAAUAAUGUCAUGGCUUUAGAAGCUGCUGAUAGGCUAAUUGAUAUCAUUUGAGUCAAUUGGAGGUGUACCUGUGGAUGUAUUUCAAAGCCUACUUUCAAACUCAGUGCCUCUUUUCUUGACAUCAUGGGAAAAUCAAAAGAAAUCAUCCAAGACCUCAGAAAAAAAAUGGUAGAUCUCCAAAAGUCUGGUUCAUCCUUGGGAGCAAUUUCCAAACGCCUGAAGGUACCACGUUCAUCUGUACAAACAAUAGUACGCAAGUAUAAACACCAUGGGACCACGCAGCCGUCAUACCGCUCAGGAAGGAGACGCGUUCUGUCUCCUAGAGAUGAACAUACUUUGGUGCGAAAAGUGCAAAUCAAUCCCAGAACAGCAGCAAAGGACCUUGUGAAGAUGCUGGAGGAAACAGAUACAAAAGUAUCUAUAUCCACAGUAAAACAAGUCCUAUAUCGACAUAACCUGAAAGGCCGCUCAGCAAGGAAGAAGCCACUGCUCCAAAACCGCCAUAAAAAAGCCAGACUACGGUUUGCAACUGUUCAUGGGGACAAAGAUCGUACUUUUUGGAGAAAUGUCCUCUGGUCUGAUGAAACAAAAAUAGAACUGUUUGGCCAUAAUGACCAUCGUUAUGUUUGGAGGAAAAAGGGGGUAGCUUGCAAGCCGAAGAACACCAUCCCAACCAUGAAGCACGGGGGUGGCAGCAUCAUGCUGUGGGGGUGCUUUGCUGCAGGAGGGACUGGUGCACUUCACAAAAUAGUUGGCAUCAUGAGGAAGGAAAAUGAUGUGGAUAUAUUGAAGCAACAUCUCAAGACAUCAGUCAGGAAGUUAAAGCUUGGUCGCAAAUGGGUCUUCCAAAUGGACAAUGACCCCAAGCAUACUUCCAAAGUUGUGGCAAAAUGGCUUAAGGACAACAAAGUCAAGGUAUUGGAGUGGUCCAUCACAAAGCCCUGACCUUAAUCCUAUAGAACAUUUAUGGGCAGAACUGAAAAAGCGUGUGCGAGCAAGGAGGCCUACAAACCUGACUCAGUUACACCAGCUCUGUCAGGAGGAAUGGGCCAAAAUUCACCCAACUUAUUGUGGGGAAGCUUGUGGAAGGCUACCCAAAACGUUUGACCCAAGUUAAACAAUUUAAAGGCAAUGCUACCAAAAUACUAAUUGAGUGUAUGUGAACUUCUGAUCCACUGGGAAUGUGAUGAAAUAAAUAGAAGCUGAAAUAAAUAAUUAUCUCUACUAUUAUUCUGACAUAUCACAUUCUUAAAAUAAAAGUGGUGAUCCUAACUGACCUAAGACAGGGAAUUUGUACUAGGAUUAAAUGUCAGGAAUUGUGAAAAACUGAGUUUAAAUGUAUUUGGCUAAGGUGUAUGUAAACUUCCGACUUCAACUGUAUAUGCUCAUCAUUGUAUUCUUAUGUUGUUUAUUACACUCACAAAGGUGUGCUAAAUGAUUGAGGAAAAGUACUGAGACAUAACUGUGAAAGAUGAGUUAGUCUGCAAGAACUUGUUUACCAUCUGAAAUAAAUGUCAGUUUGACUUGAUAAUGCUGUAACAGACAGUGUUGGAAGUUUGUUCAGAGAGGUAUGUACAGCGCUGGAUGUUCAGUGGAUCCUCACACGCUUUAUAAAAAGGCAAAGCAAAUGCAUUAGAAAGCCUACAUAAUACAUUGGUUUUAGAAGAGAACAGCAUGCAAAUACUUCUGAUUCUAACGAAUCGUGCAUUUUCAUGGGUGAAAUUUCAGUUCGCUUAGCCAGAUGCUAAGCAAGUAUGAAAAUGUAUGCACUCACUAACUGUAAGUCGCUCUGGAUAAGAGCGUCUGCUAAAUGACUAAAAUGUAAAUCCUGUGUGUCACCACAGACUGAGAGAAAACAGCUGAUGAAGUCACACCUAACGGAAUGUGUGGAAUUAUGUGCCUGUGAUGACAUAUCCUUUACCCCUUUUCUGUUGGCAGAUCUUCCUCUGGGUCUCAUACUGAUCCGCCAAAAAAUGCUGGUUGGCCAGAUGCCAGGUGACCACAAAGUCUACAAGAUCACCAAGAUAGCUGUCAUUCCUCUGUCUGAGGAAGAGCCUCUGGAGCUGGAGCUGGAGGUGAGAGACUGUGAUGAGGCCCGUUUUAUCUUGGAGCUUUCUGGAUCUCUGAGCACUCAAGUAGUAUUGGGCCUUUUUUGAGAAGUUUACACAUGCAGCAAUUAACACAUUAAAGUAGCCACUGAUGUGCUAUUGUAGUCUCCUUUUUCAAUCAAGGCUACAGUCAUCAUGAGAUGUAAUGAAAACCAUAGCUAUCAUCUAGGCUGGCUUGAGUUAAAAAAAAAAUAUAUAUAUUUCAAUGUUUCUAGUAAAGUAUCUCGGUUGCCCUGUUUUGAUUGACUCCUUGAGUCAAUAGCAAUGAAUCACCGUUUUAAGAUGGAUAUCACAAUAGUGUUAUUUUGAUCUCAGAGGAAUCAGGAUUUUGCUUAGAUGCCAUUCUUACAGGUGAGCCAUGAUGAUGAUACAGAUACAGAUGAUGAGGAAGUAAGUGAAACAUUUCCAGAGAACGGGAUGUGUUGGAUAAUCAUUUCUCUGGCAUGUUUUUAGAUCCUUGCCCUACGUACUGUCCAUACCACAGAAUGAUUAUUCCAUCCCGUCUAGGUUAGGAAUUCAGUAGCCCUGUGAAGUUGUAUUUAGAGAGUUUUAUAAACCACUAGUUUUGGAUGUUGUUGACUGUUUUUUGGUAGCUUUGAAUUGAUGUAAUUGUUUAGCAAUCUCAUUGAGAGACCCAGUUAACCCAAGGACACCAUACCGAUUAGCUGUCAAUCAACCUAUUAGACAUGUCUACCAGUAUAUUCCCAAUUGUCUAUCAUUCCCUGUACAUACAUUUACAUAUAUUUGGAACACUUUCAUCAUGCACUCAAUUAUAAGGAAGAUUAAUAUCAGAAUGCUUUGGUAUACUCAAUUAGCCUAAGCUGAACUGAAUGAAUGGUAAUGCCUUCAAAUGGUUUAAAAGUGAGUGUAUUACCCAGAGUUCAUAUUGAAAUUCCUGUCACACAUCACUACAGCGGAAGAUGAUGUUGGUAUCUUAACAAUGUACAAUUACAUAGAAAGUGGGAUAGAAAGUCUGUCCUUUUCUUUCAGCUUUGUAAGAAGCAUCACUUUGGGAUCGACAAACCAGAGAAGCUUGCACAGUCUCCAGAUGAGUCGAAGUUCCUGAUGAAAACUCUGAGUCAGAUCAAGUCCAAUGUUGGGGCUCCCACUAAGAAAAAGGUAAUAUAAUAUUUAGUACUGUGCUCAGAUAUCCCAUGUAUUAUCAUCUUACAUACCUGUUGUACAUUUUGGAAUUGAUACAUUUGCUUUUAUUUGUUGUUUUUACAAUAGUACAUUUUUUAGUAACUUUGACAGUAUACAAUGCUUUUUUUGUUCAUUUAAAUUAUUUUUUUCCUUUCCAUAUUUUUAUUUUGCCAAUGUAAUACCAUCUCUGUCCAUGCCCACCACCCAGUAUUCCCCUGCCUUUCAGGUCAAGGAAAACAAAGAGAGGGAACGUCUCGAAAGACGGCUGCUCGAUGAGCUGUACAAGAUAUUCAUGGACUCCGAUUCCUUCUACUACAGCAUGACCUAUGACCUCACCAACACUGUGCAGCGGCAGGGAGACACAGAAAAGUCAAACUUGCCCCUAUGGAACCAGGUUAGGGGUUAUUACUACACUCAGCGCACACAGGUCGCAUUUACUGAGACAUUUACUAAAAUAACCGCAGGCUGCAUUAAAUCGGGUCGGUUUAAGUACAGUAGUAUUUUACCACAUAUAUUUCCUGUCUUUAAGAUCGGUGGUUUAACUGAGCUUCAACAAGUCAAAUGAAGUAACUGAUAAUAGUUAUUUUCAUCUUCAAGGUGGAUGACAGAUUCUUCUGGAACAAACACAUGGUCCAGGAGCUCAUUGAUCUGCAGGUAACUGAUUCAUUUCAAAACUGUUUUGACAGGAAUGGAUAGACUAGAUAUUAAUUUGUGAAUGGUCAGAUAUAAGAGUGCUGAUGGUCAUGGUGCACUAGUGUGGCAGUCACUUCUGCAGAACCCUAUUUGAAUAAUAGGGAAAUGUUUUAGCAAGGAAAGGCUUAGUGGCAGGUAUUAUUGGAGUGAUUGAAUGAAUUGCAUUGUACUCCUUUAAAUCUAUGUUAAAUAUACAGUGGGGAGAAGAAGUAUUUGAUACACUGCCGAUUUUGCAGGUUUUCCUACUUACAAAGCAUGUAGAGGUCUGUAAUUGUUAUCAUAGGUACACUUCAACUGUGAGAGACGGAAUCUAAAACAAAAAUCCAGAAAAUCACAUUGUAUGAUUUUUAAGUAAUUAAUUUGCAUUUUAUUGCAUGACAUAAGUAUUUGAUCACCUACCAACCAGUAAGAAUUCCGGCUCUCACAGAACUGUUAGUUUUUCUUUAAGAAGCCCUCCUGUUCUCCACUCAUUACCUGUAUUAACUGCACCUGUUUGAACUCGUUACCUGUAUAAAAGACACCUGUCCACACACUCAAUCAAACAGACUCCAACCUCUCCACAAUGGCCAAGACCAGAGAGCUGUGUAAGGACAUCAGGGAUAAAAUUGUAGACCUGCACAAGGCUGGGAUGGGCUACAGGACAAUAGGCAAGCAGCUUGGUGAGAAGGCAACAACUGUUGGCGCAAUUAUUAGAAAAUGGAAGAAGUUCAAGAUGACGGUCAAUCACCCUCGGUCUGGGGCUCCAUUCAAGAUCUCACCUCGUGGGGCAUCAAUGAUCAUGAGGAAGGUGAGGGAUCAGCCCAGAACUACACGGCAGGACCUGGUCAAUGACCUAAAGAGAGCUGGGACCACAGUCUCAAAGAAAACCAUUAGUAACACACUAUGCCGUCAUGGAUUAAAAUCCUGCAGCGCACGCAAGUUCCCCCUGCUCAAGCCAGCGCAUGUCCAGGCCCGUCUGAAGUUUGCCAAUGACCAUCUGGAUGAUCCAGAGGAGGAAUGGGAGAAGGUCAUGUGGUCUGAUGAGACAAAAAUAGAGCUUUUUGGUCUAAACUCCACUCGCCGUGUUUGGAGGAAGAAGAAGGAUGAGUACAACCCCAAGAACACCAUCCCAACCGUGAAGCAUGGAGGUGGAAACAUCAUUCUUUGGGGAUGCUUUUCUGCAAAGGGGACAGGACGACUGCACCGUAUUGAGGGGAGGAUGGAUGGGGCCAUGUAUCGCAAGAUCUUGGCCAACAACCUCCUUCCCUCAGUAAGAGCAUUGAAGAUGGGUCGUGGCUGGGUCUUCCAGCAUGACAACGACCCGAAACACACAGCCAGGGCAACUAAGGAGUGGCUCCGUAAGAAGCAUCUCAAGAUCCUGGAGUGGCCUAGCCAGUCUCCAGACCUGAACCCAAUAGAAAAUCUUUGGAGGGAGCUGAAAGUCCGUAUUGCCCUGCGACAGCCCCGAAACCUGAAGGAUCUGGAGAAGGUCUGUAUAGAGGAGUGGGCCAAAAUCCCUGCUGCAGUGUGUGCAAACCUGGUCAAGACCUACAGGAAACGUAUGAUCUCUGUAAUUGCAAACAAAGGUUUCUGUACCAAAUAUUAAGUUCUGCUUUUCUGAUGUAUCAAAUACUUAUGUCAUGAAAUAAAAUGCAAAUUAAUUACUUAAAAAUCAUACAAUGUGAUUUUCUGGAUUUUUGUUUUAGAUUCCGUCUCUCACAGUUGAAGUGUACCUAUGAUAAAAAUUACAGACCUCUACAUGCUUUGUAAGUAGGAAAACCUGCAAAAUCGGCAGUGUAUCAAAUACUUGUUCUCCCCACUGUAUAAUGAACUACUGAAGUUCCUCUUUAUUAAUCUACAUUUGGCAUCACUGUAUAGAGUUUGUUUGUAACUUUUCUUGUUGUGUCGCAGGUUCCAGAAGUGGACUUCUGGGUGACACCCAUCAUCCAGGGCUUUGUGCAGGUGGAGGAGCUGGUGGUGAACUACAACGAGAGCCCAGACGAGGAGAAGAACAGCCCCGACACGCCGCUCCAGGAGCUCGCCUGCGUGGACGACAUCCACCCGCGCUUCACCGUGGCCCUCAUCUCCCGCCGCAGUCGCCACCGUGCAGGUACAGGACAGAGGUCAUGACCAAAUAGCUAGGUUCUAUUUGCAACACUUUGAUAAGCAAAUAUUUCCCUUUUUCUUAAAUAGAACUUGAAUUACUUGAUGAAUAAUAAACUAUAAAUUCUCUUCAACUUACUUAAAAUGUCAGCGAAACUACAUUACUUUCUCACAUAACUUAGUCAGUUAAGCUCAGAUGAUUAUUGGAGGGUGAAUGAAUGAUCAUAGUUUUCCUCUCCCCAAAGGGAUGCGGUACAAACGCAGAGGGGUGGACACAGACGGCCACGUGGCUAACUUUGUGGAGACCGAGCAGCUGAUCCACGUGCACAACCACUCACUGUCCUUUGUGCAGAGCCGCGGCUCGGUGCCUGUCUUCUGGAGCCAAGCAGGCUACCGCUACAACCCCAGGCCUCGGCUGGAGAAAGGUCAGUGGGAAAUUUCCAAUCCAAAAUAAUGCCUUGGGAAUAAUGGGUGUGUUUGUUUUAAGCUCGCCUAGUCCCCCGGGUGGGUGGAGUUUUUUUCUUUUUAUAACUAAUGGAAUUGUCUUAAAUGUGCAAACUCCGCCCACCCAGGACACUGGGCAAGCUAAAACGAAAGCACGUGACCCCAUCAUAUACUUUUCCCGUUAUAAUCAUCACUACUUGUUGAGUUUAUGUGCAAUUUCCAGAUUACUUUUUUAGAUCAUCUGUAUGACAGGGAUUGUUUUCCUUACAAUGUACUGUCUGAUUUGUCAGGAGAGAAGGAGACCAUUCCUUACUUUGCGGCUCACUUUGACGAACAGCUCAACCUUUACAAGAAGCAGGUGAGAAGCAUAUGCCUUAUAGCAUUGGUAUUACUUUGAUUCUUUAGAGUCUAAGAUGUUGGGGGGGGGGGGGGGGGUGCUAAGCUGACAUGGAAUUGUUUUAAGAUGGUCAUACUAUGGAUCGUUUAGCUAUUUGAUUUGGAAUUUUAGAAUCCCUUUAGGUAUAACAAAAAUCAUAAGAAACAAGGUUUUGAAGUGUCAUAUAUUUAACCCUUUUUUUUGGGUAGGCACAAAACUACCUUCAUACUAACAUAAAAAAAUUGUUUUAACCCGUACUGGUUACCUUCAGACGAGUCCCGUGACACUUGUCGGGUCGUACUUGUCGGGGUGAGAAUCUCCCAUUUCCAUAAAGUGGUCAUAAUGGUUUGUAGGUCAAACCGUUCGGACGCUACAGACGUUUAUGUGAGAAGACCGAUUUUCGGGAUGUCUCAUGGUCUGACAAACCCCGCUCUAGCUCUGCCACCUUUCACCACAGAUGCGGAAAUGCGAUACUGGCGGAUGCGGUGGAUUGAGACGCAUCCAAUGCAAAAAAGAAAACGAUAUCUCUAGCUUAAACUGACAGAUUUGGAUGGGGAUUUUUUUGUUAUGUAACUUAGAUUGGUGUGUCAAUCGUCUCUAGGGGUUUAAUAUCAAUACCAAAGUUUGAGUUUUCAUUGAACUUACACUUAUCUACGGAAAGACUAUAGUAAAGCAAUUUACCACUGUUUUCCCUUGUUUUGACAGGUCAUCAUUAACUUAGUGGACCAAAGUGGGCGUGAGAAGAUUAUUGGCGAUGCAUAUCUCAAACAAGUCCUUCUAUACAACAAUCCUAACCUGACAUAUGUCUCUUUUGACUUCCAUGAGCACUGGUAAGAAAAUUGCUGCACAGAAACAAUCUUGACAGCACAGAUAAUUUAAUCGAAUAAGUAAAUCUAAUGAGGAAAGAAUAACCUAAACUACAAUCCUUGUAUUUAUUUAUUAUAGUAUGCACUUUCCCUGUAUAUAUUUAAUUGGUCUUCUGUCUCAUCAGUCGAGGGAUGAAGUUUGAGAAUGUGCAAACGCUGACGGAUGCCAUCUCCGAUAUUAUUGCAGACAUGAGAUGGGGCUGGUAAGUGUGCGAGUGUCAUCCCAAGCCCAAACGGAGACUAUUUUUAGUGCAAGUAAAAAUCCUCAACUAAUCAGUAAUUGAUAGAACAUGUGGCUCCAUAUCCCCAUGCAAUCACAGUGUAUGUUCCUCUGUCAGGGUGGACCAGGCAGGAGUCAUCUGCCACCAGGAGGGCAUUUUCCGGGUGAACUGCAUGGACUGUCUAGACAGGACCAAUGUAGUCCAGGCUUCCAUUGCUCGUGCUGUAAUGGAGGCACAGGUGAGAUAUCUCCCCACUUUCAACAUGUGUCAACUUAAAGCUGAUGAUGUCAUAACAUUGCAUUUCCUAGUGCACUAAUACAGAUUUGAACUAAAGUCUCUGGUUUGGACACAUGGUAUACAUAUCAGAUGAAAUAUUAAGGUAAAAGACAAACUGUAAAAAAUAUGCUUUGGCAACCUGACUGAUGGUUAACUGUAUGCCUCUGCGUCCCUCAGCUGAAGAAACUGGGUGUGAUGCCCCCUGAGCAGCCUCUGCCCCUCAAGUGCUACAGGAUCUACCAGGUCAUGUGGGCCAACAACGGCGACACCAUCAGUAGACAGUAUGCCGGUACGGCUGCCCUCAAGGUAACAUCAUUUGCAUGUGUAAAGUUUAAGCUAAUAUUAGGGUUACAUCUUACAACAGUAUACCGUCUUGUUUCUCCACAGAUGCCUUCGCUGCCUGGGUAAAUGUAUCAAGUAAUGAAACAUAUUUGCUCAGUCUUGUUUAACUACCAAUUAUAUGAGGCCUCGUCAAUUUGCAGGGAGAAAUGUACCUCAGGAGGACGGCGAAAAGGAGGAGGAGUCCUCCAGCCUCUUAUUUUGUCUGCGGCUUAGAUUAGCAUGUAAUGCGUGAUAUAUAACCAUGGCAUAACAUGUGAAGAUAAGCACAUUUUCUGCAUUAUUUAUGGAAAUCACCAUUUUGUUCUUGUAUAAUGGCCUGAUCAGUGUUUUCCACUUGCGUCGACUAUACAGUCGAUAACAAACUCAUUUUCAGCCGGGUACUUUUUCCACGUAAAUUAUCUAGGCUACUUUUUUUUUUUUACACUUCGCAAUUCAGAAAAAAAGUCAUCCCAGCCCUCUCCCGCUAGAUUGAACCAUAUUCAUUAACUAGGCUUUUCAAUUCGCAAGUCAGGAGGAAAAGUCGGCCGAGUCCUCUCCCGCUGGAAUGAAAGAUAUGCAUCUUCUAGCGAUCUAUUGAUAGGACAGGUGCCUGUCAGUCACAAAGUGAGUGAUGACAGGGAAACACACUUCUGGUUUGACAGUCUGCUGUCUGUCCGGGUACCUGGGUGUCUGUUGUAUACGCUGUGUUUGCAGUCAAAUGUAUUUACACAGAGGGAGAAGGCAUGAUGCUCCUUUAUCGUCUAUGUGAGUCAAUUUGCACGUCCCACAUAAUGUGGUAACGAUGAAUCGAAAUCCACUUAGCCUAUUGUUUUCUGGCACAUUCAUUUUUCUUUUGCGUGUUUCUUAUGCAGCCACGAAGUGUUGGCGCAUAGGCUUACUGUGAUUUGGUUGACGAAUAGCAAGCUUGUCUAGUUUAUAAAUGGUGUCUAACUGACCGAAUAAAGUCGAUCUCAUAUUUCCUUGCCAUUCAUCAAUCUUACAAAGUAGUUAUAUGUCCAUGGUAUCGCAUCGGGACAAGUAAUCUAAAGAUCUUGUUUGUAUUUUUGAUAUGAAGUCCAUCAGGACUUGCCAGACAUUGACGUUAAAGUGAGUGACUCGUCAGUAGCCUACCGAAUCACAUCCGUAAGAGAGCCGUUCAUUUGGCUCCCUAAUUUGUAUACUGGUAGGCUUUUUGCCGAUUAUCUGCAGAUAAAUUAUGAAAACAUUCGAUGAAGAUGGUGACUCCUCCUCACUGCAGGAACAAUAGGUAGGCUAGUGGAGUGAUCGCCUCACUCUGGUCCAAAAUAUGAUAAAAGAAAACAGAUGUAAUUGUUUUAAAAGCUAAUGAUACUUAUAUGGUAUUUUCAAAGAUAUUGAUAUACUGUAGGUCUACUGAUUUAAUCAGUGUUGACAAUGGAGUAGUCAACUGCUGCUUUCUGUGUAGCAAAGCCCUGCUUCAUUCUAACACCUGCUUCAUUCUUCAAUCAUACCUGUAUUGCAGAUAGCUGAGAAAAUGCCUUAAAAGGAAGCUUGAAGCCUGUGGAAGUCAGCAGACUCUUACAAGAUUCUUUAAGAAGAAAUCUGUGGGUCAGUUGUUAAUCAAGUAUUUUUUAGAAUAAAUGACAUGCUGCAAUUCACAAAGAGAGUUGCAAACACUUGUUGAAAUAUUUUGACUAAUUUAACUAAUGUCGUAUAAUCUCUUCUCUGAACACAUAUAGACCCAGAACUUAAUUGAGCAUCAGUUCUGUUUAUUUAGACUCAUUUUUCCAUUAGAAAACGUUUAUUUAUUUUUUCAAGAUAAUUUGGGCUACGUACUUCAUUUUUCUGUUUUAAUAAAAUACAUAACUUGAAGAACAAACAUAAUUGUGGCAAUUCAUAUCUUGCAGUAAAAUGCUGUAUUUUCAAGAGAAGACAGGUUAAAUGUUAAAAAAGGUAUAAUGUUCUCUUACUUAGAAAAUAGUCCUGAUCAUAUAGGCCUAGACGAUAUCCCCCAAAAACGAAUUCAUACAUUUUCAGGAAUAUUUAUUGUAAACACAAUACCACAACAAAUGUUUCCAAUCUGGGAGGUAAACUCAAUAAAGUAUUCAAUAAUUUCACUGUGUAUUUCGGAUGGAAUCAAGGCAUUAGAAUGUACCAGAGGCCACCAAAAUAGAGCUAGUUCGGCAAAAAGAUCAUAACCGGGGGAUCCUGGCUGGAUACUUUUUCUAUUUGGCUGGCUACUCCAUGUGCUUGUGGAAAACACUGCUUGUGAAAAGGCUGUUCUUAAGGGAGUAAACUCAUUUUUAAAAAGGCAGUCGCAUGAAAGGCUAUUUGUACUGGUUUAACUUAAAAGCCUAGUGCAGUCAAUUCUGUUUUGUAUCAUAUUGUACAACAGCUGAUGAAACUAACACUGUAAAAGUGACUUUUCUUUAUCAGUGUUAUUUCCUGAUAGUUGCUGGUUGAAAAUAAAAUCUACACAGGACUUUCUAAUCAGCCUGUUUUGAACGGGCGGGAGUUUCAGCUUGCCUGGUGACAACACCAGGCGGUAAAUUGGUUAAUAGACCAAUAGCAAAGAGUUCCAAACCUCUCUGCCAAUAACGGCUAGUUUUUUUUGUUUGGCCCUUCCCACUCAGACCACUCCCAGACAGUCCUAGCUAAAUUCUUGUUUGAGAAUUUUUGUAGCUAAAAAACUAUUUUUGUCAAUUUUAAUGGAAAACUAGUACAGUAAGGUACAAAUAUUGAUACCCAGAAAUGAUUUUAUAUUGAUAUAAAAACGGCUGCAUUGGGCCUUUAAGAUAAUUGUUGUGCAGACUGAAAGGGGGGGAAAAUGAACAAUGUUUACUCGACACAGCCCUAAGCCAGGAAGAGUAUAAACGGGAUCAGACGGUGACUGCCAUAUCUCGCUUGUUUUUAACAUGCUCUGUCUGUAACCCAUUAUCCGUUAUAAAGGGAGACUUCACCAGAACGGGGGAGAGAAAACUGGCUGGGGUGAUGAAAGACGGCGUGAACUCAGCCAACCGUUACUAUCUGAACCGCUUUAGGGACGCAUACAGACAAGCAGUCAUUGGUAAGGAAAGACCUGUAAUACUUUACUUAAAGCCUGCAGGUACAGUGGGGGAAAAAAGUAUUUAGUCAGCCACCAAUUGUCCAAGUUCUCCCACUUAAAAAGAUGAGAGAGGCCUGUAAUUUUCAUCAUAGGUACACGUCAACUAUGACAGACAAAAUUAGAAAAAAAAAUCACAUUGUAGGAUUUAUAAUGAAUUUAUUUGCAAAUUAUGGUGGAAAAUAAGUAUUUGGUCAAUAACAAAAGUUUCUCAAUACUUUGUUAUAUACCCUUUGUUGGCAAUGACACAGGUCAAAUGUUUUCUGUAAGUCUUCACAAGGUUUUCACACACUGUUGCUGGUAUUUUGGCCCAUUCCUCCAUGCAGAUCUCCUCUAGAGCAGUGAUGUUUUGGGGCUGUCGCUGGGCAACACGGACUUUCAACUCCCUCCAAAGAUUUUCUAUGGGGUUGAGAUCUGGAGACUGGCUAGGCCACUCCAGGACCUUGAAAUGCUUCUUACGAAGCCACUCCUUCGUUGCCCGGGCGGUGUGUUUGGGAUCAUUGUCAUGCUGAAAGACCCAGCCACGUUUCAUCUUCAAUGCCCUUGCUGAUGGAAGGAGGUUUUCACUCAAAAUCUCACGAUACAUGGCCCCAUUCAUUAUUUCCUUUACACGGAUCAGUCGUCCUGGUCCCUUUGCAGAAAAACAGCCCCAAAGCAUGAUGUUUCCACCCUCAUGCUUCACAGUAGGUAUGGUGUUCUUUGGAUGCAACUCAGCAUUCUUUGUCCUCCAAACACGACGAGUUGAGUUUUUACCAAAAAGUUCUAUUUUGGUUUCAUCUGACCAUAUGACAUUCUCCCAAUCCUCUUCUGGAUCAUCCAAAUGCACUCUAGCAAACUUCAGACGGGCCUGGACAUGUACUGGCUUAAACAGGGGGACACGUCUGGCACUGCAGGAUUUGAGUCCCUGGCGGCGUAGUGUGUUACUAAUGGUAGGCUUUGUUACUUUGGUCCCAGCUCUCUGCAGGUCAUUCACUAGGUCCCCCCGUGUGGUUCUCGGAUUUUGGCUCACCGUUCUUGUGAUCAUUUUGACCCCACGGGGUGAGAUCUUGCGUGGAGCCCCAGAUCGAGGGAGAUUAUCAGUGGUCAUGUAUGUCUUCCAUUUCCUAAUAAUUGCUCCCACAGUUGAUUUCUUUAAACCAAGCUGCUUACCUAUUGCAGAUUCAGUCUUCCCAGCCUGGUGCAGGUCUACAAUUUUGUUUCUGGUGUCCUUUGACAGCUCUUUGGUCUUGGCCAUAGUGGAGUUUGGAGUGUGACUGUUUGAGGUUGUGGACAGGUGUCUUUUAUACUGAUAACAAGUUCAAACAGGUGCCAUUAAUACAGGUAACGAGUGGAGGACAGAGGAGCCUCUUAAAGAAGAAGUUACAGGUCUGUGAGAGCCAGAAAUCUAUACUUAAUACUUAUUCUAUACUUAAUACUUAUUUUCCACCAUAAUUUGCAAAUAAAUUCAUAAAAAAUCCUACAAUGUGAUUUUCUGGAUUUUUUUCUCUCAAUUUGUCUAUCAUAGUUGACGUGUACCUAUGAUGAAAAUUGCAGGCCUCUCUCAUCUUUUUAAGUGGGAGAACUUGCACAAUUGGUGGCUGACUAAAUACUUUUUUCCCCCACUGUAUAAUGCAUUAUGAUGCAGUUGUAAUUCAUUCUAAGACAUGAAUAUGUAUGACCCCCUUAUAAUGUCUUAUUAUCAUCUCAUAAGGAUCCUGACUAAAUAUCAAUAGCCAUUUUUAGUCAGUUAAAAAUAUUAAACAUAGAGACAUAACAUAUUAUAAGACAUUAUAGGUUCAUACAUGCUUAUAACAAGUUAAAAAGCAUUAUACCUGCAGGCACUAAGUACAGUAAAGUGUUAUCAAAAUGGAUUCCACCCUCAGUCUCAAAACCGUGACUCAGUCCUAAUCAGUUUAGUCUCAAGAGUGACUCAACCAUCCUUGUUCAUCCCCUCCUCUCCCCUCUCUCUCUCUCUCCAGACCUGAUGAUGGGGCAUCCUGUGACGGAGGACCUAUACUCCAUCUUCAGUAAGGAGAAGGAGCAUGAGGAGAAGGAGAAGGAGAGCCAGAGAGUAACCCAGGAGCAGGUCAGCCUCCUGCUGCAGACCUACAUGCAGCUGCUGCUACCCGAUGAUGAGAAGUUCCAUGCGGGCUGGGCCCUUAUCGACUGUGACAUGAGGUUAGUACUGGAACCAUCCACAAAUCAAAACUCCAACUUUAACACUGAAACCCUUUCGAAUAAAUUUGCUCUCAGUUUGUUCUCCCAACACUUUGUGAGCUAGCGUCAAUUCAGUUCAACUUUACUUAUCACCUCAGGAGCAAUUAAGACACCCUUCAAAAAUCAACACCUUGAAAGUGUUUAUUCCUCAAUAAAUUGUUAAUGUGGAAAGUUAAUGUUUCUCCUCAUCAGCCUUAUAGAUGCAACCAGCAAAGAUGUGGAUGUUCUCAUGCUGCUAUCCAACAGUGCAUAUUACGUUGCCUAGUAAGUGCCUGGAUUUAUUACAGAACAGUGAUAAAGAGUCAAUUACAUGUAUUUUAGCUGUUCCUUAUAUAAUUCUGUUUAUUUGCUUUUGUUUGUACAGCUAUGAUGAGGAAGCUGACAAAGUCAAUCAGUACCAGCGCCUCAACUUAGAAGGUUUGGAAAAGAUUGAAAUAGGUGAGGAGUGUUUCUAGAGGAAUAGAGCUCCACCAAGUGAACAUUCCCAAAUGUAGACCGGGUCUGAAGCAGUCCUUCACAGCUUCAUGAUUUAUUUUACACUGUAAAGCUGCUAAGCACUUUAGACAUGGUUUUAACUAUUGUACACAAAUUCUGAAUGAUGCGACGACUAUUUUUUGGAUUUACCAUAAACAUCUUAGUUACUCCUGAAUAAAGCUCACAACAUGUCCUAUGUGUUCUUUUGUAGGCCCAGAACCCACUCUGUUCGGGAAGCCCAAAUUCUGCUGUAUGCGUCUACACUACAAUAAUGGGGAGACAAGUGGUUAUUUUCACACAUUAAGGGCUGUCACAAGGAAUCCUGAGGAUGAUGGUAAAGGUAUGGGAAGAUGAUUUAUUUCAUAAAACUGUCAGCAUAAAACGAAUUGACUGUGAAGAAAACCUGGUAUAUUGGAAGCACACUGCCUGUAUAUCCCCCAAAUAACCUGAAUUCCUUGUCCUGACAUCCAUUGUGGGAAUGAUUCAUUUGAUUUCAGACAUGUUACAGUGCAUAGCGGAGAUGCUUCGCAUAACUAAGCAAGCCAUGGGACUUGACCUGCAGGUGAUUGAAAAGAAACUGGAGAGGUGAGUUGGAAUGCAUUAUCACUCUUUUAGAUCUUCAGAAUAUUCUUCUCUCGUAGUUCAGUUUGUAAUAUCCCUUUCACACAGGUUUUACAAAAAUAAUUAUAAUUGACAUGGAUGUGCAUGUUAAACAGAUGCCCUGGCUAAAAUACUAAGACUGUAUAUUGUUUCUUUACAUUUACAUUUACAAUGUAAAGUCUGAGUAUUUUAGCUAGGGCUUCUGUAUAUCAUGCAUGUCAAUUAGAUUAUUAUAAUUUUUUUAAACCUGUGUUGUCAAUCCAUUUGUUUCAGGAGGCACAGUAAACCUCACGAGGACAUCAUGGGCAUCCAGGGCAGACAUCCAGACCAGGUCCUGGGCAGCUCUGGUCUGGCUCAGGGCAAGAGCUUCCUCCUCAACAAGUUCUCCUCCCUCAACCAGAGGGUGAAGAAGUCCAACGUCAACAUGGGCUCCUUCAAGGGGAGGCUGGGCAACACCUUCUCCACCAAGCCUGACAUGAAGGUGAACUUUCUGAAACCCACCAUGGGGGUCACUCUCUGGAAAUCUGAUAGCAGCUUGGAGACGUCGGACGGGGCCAACAUCGGCCCGGCCCUGAAGGACCUCUGUGACAACCACUCGGAGAUGUCAUCGGACUCGGACUCCUACAACUCGGACGAACACCUGCGCUCCAGCUCCCUGGAGAACGUGGACUAUGUGCUGCCCAGCUGCGGCAUCGUGGCGUCGGCUCCGCGACUAGGCAGUCGAGGCAGCAUGGAGCUCAACAUCCGGGUGACUGGCUGCGACAGUAACAGUAAGCAGGAGGUUCCUGAAGACCAGUCCCCCGGGGCUACCUCAGAGGCUGAGGAGGCCAUCCUGAUAGACUUUGGAACACCCAUUGACGCCUAUUGCCACCAAUUCAUCCAAGAUGCGCAGACCAAACCUGUGGCGGUGUUUGGGGAGCAGGUGGCUUGUUGCGUCCCCACACAGAACCCACAAGUCCCUCCACAUGCUAAAGGGCCCGCUGGCCCCAGACGAACACCCAGGUUCAGAUCAGCAGGUGCAUGAGGAGCAGCUCCAGCUCCCUCCCAGGCCAUCCCAGCUAGACGUCGCCUCUGGCCCCAAUCUCCUGACCGUCCAGAAGCCUAACUCUGCAGCUUCCGGCAGCUCCCAGAGGAGCCUGGGCUCUCAUAUGGAGGGCAGCCUGGGCCCCUCACCCGCCGACAGCAACGGCAGUCGCGUGGUCUCCCCCUUUGCCAAGAUCAAGAGCUCCAUGGUGCAGGUGGCCAGCCUGACACAGGCUGGACUCACCCAAGGCCUCAACUUUGCUGUGGCGAAGGUGCAGAAGAGCCCAGAGCCAGAAAUGGCCGCUCUCAACGAGACCCAAGAGAACGAGCUGAAGGCGAUGUUUACACAGUGCCAGACCAGGAUCAUACAGAUCUAG